GAAUGGAGAACCCUUGGAGAACGAAUGCUUACGGUUGUUUUCUCAUCGUGUGCAUCUUCUUCCUCUUCUUCUCCGCACAUGCCAAAAAUAAUGAGUUGGUACCAAACAACAGGCUGAAGCAAGCGCACCAUGCCUUCGAGGCAUGGAAGCAAGCCAUCUACUCCGAUCCAAUGAACUUCACCGCCAACUGGGUUGGCCCCGACGUCUGCUCCUACCACGGCGUUGUUUGUGCCCAGGCUCCCGACGACCCCUCGCUCACCGUGGUGGCGGGAGUCGACCUCAACCAUGGGGACAUCGCCGGCCACCUCCCCGAUGAGAUCGGCCAGCUUACCGACCUCAGUCUCCUCCACUUGAACUCCAACAGAUUCUGCGGGAUCGUUCCCGAGAGCAUCAAGAAGCUUAAGCUUUUAUAUGAGCUGGAUCUAAGCAACAACCGCUUCGUGGGACCAUUCCCUGAGGUUGUCCUUGAGCUGCCGCAGCUCAAGUACCUUGAUCUAAGGUUCAAUGACUUCGAAGGAGAGCUUCCGGAAAAUUUGUUUGAUAAGGAGCUGGAUGCCAUAUUCAUGAACAACAAUAGAUUCAGGUCCACCAUUCCUGAGAAUCUUGGGAACUCCCCUGCUUCUGUAGUAGUGUUGUCUAGUAACAACCUCAUAGGCUGCCUUCCACACAGCAUCGGCAAGAUGGCCGGCAGUCUGGAUGAACUCAUCGUUUCGGAUAAUAAACUAUCAGGAUGCAUGCCGGAGGAGGUCACCCUACUGAACUCGACAGUGAUUUUCGACGUGAGCAGGAACAGGUUCGUGGGGGACUUGCCGGUGGGGAUGGAAUACAUGCAGAGGUUGGAGGUUGUGAACAUAGCCAUGAACAAGUUCAGGAGCAACGUGCCGGAGAGCGUGUGCAGCUUGCCUAACUUGAAGAACUUCACCUACGCCUACAAUUACUUCGAUGCCAAGCAUGCAAGCUGCGACCACAGCGCCAUCCCGGAGGUGAUGUUCGAAGGUGCUAACAACUGCAUUCCUGGGGAGUUAGCGCAGAGGCCUGAGAAGCAAUGUCAAGAUGUUUUGAGCAACACAGUGGAUUGUAAAGCUCAAGGGUGUCGUGAGUCGGAGCACGGAGAGUCUCCCAAGGGGAAGGAUGAAUCACCGCCACAACUAGACACACGUCCACUACCGUCCAAGCCAAAGAUGACGACUUCCACUCCGCCACAACCUGAGACCAUCUCUCCGCCGUCCAAGCCCAACCAGAAGGAGAAGCUGCAUCCGCCAUCCAAGUCGACUCCACCCAUGCCACAACCGCCAUCCAAGCCAGGGCAACCUGAGACGCCAUCCAAGUCGGGGCAGAAGGCUCCCUCUCCCUCUCAGUCACAACCUGACACGCUUCCUCCGCCAUCCAAGCCGGGGCAAGCUGAGACGCCAUCUCAGUCACAACCUGAGACGUUUCCUCCGCCAUCCAAGUCGGGGCAGAAGACUCCCUCUCCCUCUCAGUCACAACCUGACACGCUUCCUCCGCCAUCCAAGUCACAUGAGAUGGCCCCUUCUCCGUCACAAUCUGAGACGCAUCCUCUACCUUCUAAGGCCCCUUCUCCGUCACAAUCUGAGACAUUUUCGCCUCCUUCCAAGUCACAUCAGAAGGGUCUCUCUCCUUCUCCUUCGCAGGAACCGGUGCCUUUGAAACCAGAGUCGAGUCCAUGGUUUGAUCUAUCUCCUUCUCAACCCGUGCACUCGUCUCCUCCAUCGGGCAUCCACUCCCAGUCAUCUCCAUCGGGCGUCCAAUCCCAUCCACCGCCAAUGCUCUCUCCGCCUCCACCCGUCCACUCCCCACCACCUGUUCACUCCCCACCACCACCAGUCCAUUCUCCACCACCACCCGUCCAUUCCCCGCCCCCGCCAGUCCACUCUCCUCCACCUCCGGUCCAUUCCCCACCCCCGCCGGUCCAUUCUCCGCCACCACCAGUCCAUUCCCCGCCCCCACCAGUGCCCUCUCCGCCACCACCAGUCCACUCUCCACCUCCGCCCGUCUUCUCUCCACCCCCGCCAGUGUACUCUCCGCCACCGCCCGUCCUCUUUCCACCACCACCAGCACCGCCUACAUUCACUCCAAUCGAACUUCCGAUGAACUUGGGCGCCAAAUACCAAUCUCCUCCGCCACCAGCAAUCCAGGGCUACUAAAAAAACUUUGUAAUGUCAUCAAAUCUGCCUAAUUCUUGUCAACUAAUGUACAACGCGAACUUACUUCCUUAAGCUCCACCUUCUCUCUCUUUUUUUCUUUAUUACUAGUAUCAUUUUGAGGUUUUCAACUAGUACAUUCUCUUAGAUAAACA